UCCCCAUUCUCCAAACCUCGCAGCAGUACAUAUGCAGAAGGCGACGAUUGAAUUUUUCUGGCUUGGCGCACCGCAAAAUGCUGCGAGCGUCCAUGAGUCUGCCGACCGCGUCUACUAUACCGGCUUCAACCUGAAUGGCGUGACCUUUCAGGCUGGGGAGUACGUUCUGCUGCAUCCAGAGGAGGAGGCAUCCCUGCACUAUGUUGGCAAGCUUGUCAAGUGUUUCCACGACAAGAGCGGCGCCUAUGGCGACCCGCAUUGUGUUGAGGUGGCCUGGUUUGAGCGGGCAGUCGUGCUCGAGGCCGGUGCCGACCUCAAAGAACUGGUCGAACUUGCGGAGACCGACAUCAACCCUAUCGGCUGCAUUUCGGGCAAGGCCUACGUGCUGAAGGCGUCGAGUCUUGAGGAGGCCUCUCAGCUUGCACAGGCCAGCGUGCCCGCGCACUGCGAGUGGUUCUGGUGCGCGCGGGCGCUCCGUGCGGGGGUCCUGCUGCCCUGCUCCGAGCUGGCCGACCCGGCCGGCGCCUCAGCAUGCGGGCAGCAGGCAGCUUUGCCGCCGCAGCUCAGCGGCAAGCGCUCGCUGACGGGCGGCCAGGGCUCGGCGGAGGGCGCAGCCGACAGCGAGGAGGCUGAAGCCAAGCGCUCGCGGCUGCAGCCUGAGGAGAUGCCCACCGCGCCCGUGCGGCGGACGGGCAAGCUCGUGAGUGGGCGCACAUGUGUGGAGUGCGGGGCCACGCAGACGCCGCAGUGGCGCGAGGGCCCCGCCGGCCCCAAGACGCUGUGCAACGCCUGCGGCGUCCGCUACGUGCGCGCACAGCAGCGCGCCAACAAGCGGGCGGUCAGCAUGGGGUCCUCGCGGCCCUCGGGCGGCUACGGCGGCCGGCAAUCCCGCGCGUCGAAGAGCGCCCGCGCCGAGCCCGCGUGCGGCCCUCGUGGCGGCGCCCGCGCCGCUGCGUCCGCCGCUGCCGUGGAGGAGGUGCCUCAGCGCCCGCUGCGCCAGGCGGCGCUGCUAGCGGCGAACAAGACGGCGCAGUACGCGCGCACCGGCGUGUUCCCGCAGAGCGCCACCGAGCUCCACCAGCACCAGCAGCAGCCGUACGGGGGCUUGUGUACACUCGGCGAGCUGGAGCUGGUCGGCCGGCCCGGCACGCCGGUGUGCCCCUCCGCCACCGCCUCCGCCGGGGCCAGCGCCUGCGCGGACAGCCUGCCCGAGGGCGUGACGGUGGAGGUGGAGGUGGUGGUGGACGGCGGCGACAUGGAUGGCGGCUGCUGCGGCGGCGGCGCGGUGUCGCCGGCUAUGGGGCUGGUGGCUCCGUUCGCGGCGCUGCCGGGGGUGCCCGGCGGCUACCCGCAGCUGCAGCAGUUCCAGCAGCACCACCACCAGGCCCUGACCCACAUGGGCCUGCUGCCAGGCGCCGGCUGCAGCCCGGAGCGGCCUGCCGCCGGCACCUCCGGCCUGACCCACAUGGGCGGCGCUGCCGCGGUGCAGGGCAUGGUGCCGCUGGCGGGGCACGUGGUGCUGCUGGGGGCCGCGGCCGCGCCAGCCGCCGCCGCCGCCGCCGCUGACAGCACGCCCUCCACCAGUGGUACCAGCGGCAGCGGCCUGGCCGCGGGCGCGGGUGGCGACUGCUGCGCCAGUGAGCUGCCGGCAGCUGCGAUGCCGCUGCAGCACCAUCUCCUGCACCCCCACGUCAUGUCGGUGCCAGUGUCGCCCAGUGCGCACCAGCCCGCCGCCACCGCCGCCUGCGACCUGUUCGUGUGUGGUGACGAGGACGAGGCGGGCGCCGGCAGCCACAUGGGCCUGUACGGCGCCGGCCAGUCGGGCCUGCUGGGCGCCGGCGAGGACGAGGAGGCGUUUGGGUCGCUGGUGGGCGCGGAGGUGGACUUCGGCCUGGGCGCAGGCAGCGGCGACGGCAGCGCGGCGCUGUUUGACGUGCUGCUGCAGCCCGGCGGCCCGGGCGGCCACUGUUGCGAGGGCGACCUGGACGGCGACCUGGGCGUGGGCGUGUGCGACCUGCCGGACGUGGCCGCCCGCGCCGCGCCCUACUGCACCGACCUGGCGCCCGGCACCGCCGCCCGCCAGCUGCUGGACGCCGCGCCGCUGCUGCUGAUGGCCGGCGACGUGCCGCUCGGGUGCGGCGCCGGCAGCAGCUGCGGCACGGUGGCGGUGGCCGGCGGCGCCGAGGCGGAGGCGGCGGUGCGGCAGCUGGUGGGGCUGGGCGCGGAGGCGGGCCGCGCGGCCACCGAGGCCCUGGCCGCCAGCGAGGCCGCUGCGGCGGUGGAGCAGGCCGCCGAGGCGCACGCCGAGGCGGCCCGCCGCGCCCGCGACGCCGCCGCCUGCAACCUGGAGCGCUUGCGUGAGGCGAUCUGUGGCAUUGCCGGCCCCGAGGCGGCGGCGGCGGUGGCGCUGGACUGCAGCGGUCUCAUCGAGCUGCCGCACAGCCUGGGCGGUGGCGACGGCGGCGCUGUGUGCGCCGGCGGGCUGCUGGGCAUGGGCCUGGGCUCCAGCCUGUUUGAUGACGCCUCUCUGGUGGCCGUGCACUCGUAAGCGAGCAGCGCCUGUGCGUGUUAGAAAGCAGCGACGGCAGCGAAAAAGAUGUGGCUGGACCCUCACACGCAACACUGGCCCAGCAGCAGCAGCAGUAGGAGUAGAAGCCCCGCGUGCAGCGGGAGCAGCAGCUGGAGCCGCGGUUAAACAUUCAACUUGCGCGGCGAUGGUGGCAGUCGAUGCGUUUGAAGCGAUGGGUGCUUGCGCUCUUGCUUCAAUCGCACGUUGCCUACCAUUAUAAAGUGGUCUCGAUAACCAAAAUACCAAAAAGAACGUCGGCGAUAUGGCCCGCGACGUGGUUCAUUAGCGCGGGCGGCGUACAGGUGCUACGCAUGCCAACAUUGUUGUGUUACGUGGUGGCUCGAGGGCAAGGGAACCGCGAGUUGUGGUGUGCUUCGGGUUUAGAACGUCGAGUCACCAGCAUUAGGCUAGACGUAUGUGUGCGUGUGUGUAUGUGUGCGUGGUGUGCGCGAGGAGUGGCGAAAUUUUUUACAGGCCGCCAGUCCCCAAUUUUUGUGCCAUAACAUUUGAAGGCGCAGGACUCUAGCUGAUGCUGUUGCCUGCAAUUACUUCGUUUUACUCAUGCCUCGGUCCUGAAAGGCAUUCGACCCUCGUAUCCACUCGGCCUGAGUGUGGGGAGGGCUUUGCCAGUGCAGCGCCUUGCAGUGCGGUGCGGUGCGCUGCAGGACUGACUGCGCCGAGGCCUGCAAAGGGUGGGCCUGCGCUGCCUCUGGAGCGGGCAGCUGUCCCCCCAAUGCCAUUCGACGUGGAACAAAUCUACAAAAGCGGCGGUGGGUGCGUGGCAUUACGCUGUUAGGACCGUGAACAGUCGGCGGCCCACUAAGCAGGUCAUCAUGGUGCCGGCGAUGCGGGUGUGACUGCUGAAACGUGUGCGUGUUGCGUGUUGCGUGUACGGCGACCAACGCGUUUGCAGGGCACGAGAGGGACGUGGACUCGGGAGUAUUGGGUAGAAGACAUUUUUGGACAAAAUGAUUGAAGGUGCGAGAACACGACGACUCAGUUGGUGACGCGUGCGAGGUGUUGAGGCGUGUCAUGAAUUCGCUUGCGCGGUGAGGUCAGGAAGGCAAGGUCAAGUUGGACGCACGGGAAUGGACUGCGCGAGUGCAGGAGGGAGCGCCGCGAGGGGUCGCGUGUGUGCAGCCGGUUGCGCCGCGCGAGGCCCAUGCAGCUGCGUAGAGGCUACCAGCGGGAGCUGAUGAGAGCAGUGCGGUGCGGUGUGUGGCGCGGGUGUGUGCGUGUGUGGGCAGGGCGGAACGGGGGUUGGAGUUGUGGCGGGAGGCAUGCGGCUUGGUGCCGAGUGCAGGAGGGACCGGCUGGGGGCGGCUGGGGGAACCGGCGCGCCGGCGUGGGUCGUACAUACACGCACACGGUGCAUGGGGGCCGCACGCGGAAGUGCAGCUGGUGGAUACUGACGACGGGGUAGCCGAGAUCGACCGGGGAACGCCAGAUUCCCUUGAAUCUGGCGAGAGUGGGGUAGGCAACCCCGAAACCAUUUGCAUGUGCGCGCAUGGUGGUGACGCAUUCCUGUCUGUUCCGAGUUUUCAGAGUGUUGUUGGCGAGGCGGGGCCGCCCCCGGUGGUGGCGGGUGUCCCCGCCUCGAGGGCAUUGGCACUGUAGGGCGGAGGAGAGCGCCCGCUCGUGGGAACUCGCCUCUUGCGGGCGCUGGGGACAUUCAUUGUCUGUCUGUGUCUCUUGAAGUCGCAUCGCGCCCACGCGCGCCCGGGCGCUCGCUGUGCAGCCCCCGUGUGAGUUUGCCCGUGUUGGGGGCUCGGACGCAGGGCCCUCGCCGCGUCCGGAAACAGCCUCCCCGGCGCAUGUUGUGGCGCAGCGCGCAAAGGCAGUGGGAGCACACGCUGCGGCCGAGACUAAGGCCACCAUGAUCUGGACUGGCCUUGCCCAGCGCAUGGCGUGACCCUGCCAAACACGUGGUGCACUGGUGUGUAAGCGUGUUAGGAAUGAGUGUGUGUUGGGAUUUGUUGCUGUAUACCUCCUCGCGUGUGUGCGAGGUGAGGGGUGCCGUGCACACUUGCACAAUUGAACUCAACUUGUUAUGAGAGGCGCAGCCGGCACUCGGCCUUAUGGACGAAAGGCCAGGGUCCGGCGCACAAGCGGAUGGCAUGGUGUGACAUGGUGCGGUGUGGUCGUGUGUGUGUAUGUGUGGUGUUUGUUCGGCUGCAGGGAGGUCAGGGCCGGUGCCGCCGCAGGUGGCUGCUGGGCCGUGCGCCGCCUGCCUGUCCCCGCAUCCGGGCCCCCACGGCACAUGGAUGGUGGGAUGCGUGCAAACAGGGCGCGGCACCUGGACGAGGGGGGACUCUAGGGCCCCGUUAACCCCGAGACCUUGAGGAGAUGAAAAGGCCGCUGGUGCAUGUAUUUGAUUGUGUGUGUAUGCACAGGUGUCAGGGCACCAGCCCGCACCUGGGGCAUGGGUGCGCCCCCGUGCCUCGUCUCGCGUGAGUUGUCAGGCGCUGGGCAGUGGCUCCCACAGGCAAUUGAAGUGGGUGCCAGCCCAACAAUAUACGUGCCACCAGCACAAAAAACAAGAAAAAGAUUCAACCGUGUUUUGUGGAUUCGUGUGGUGUGAUUUGGAAUGAGGCGGAUUUAGAUGGACAACGACACUUGUGGAGUGUGUGGCUGGUGAGGCGCGGGCGCUGAGGCCCCGACACGCAGGAUUGCUACGGGAGUCUCAUGUGCGUAGAAAGCGAUGACGCAUAUUUCUUGCAGUCCGAUAGGGCAAGACCAUCGAGUAGAGCAAUUGGAAUGGAUUGAUGCGGGAACUAACCCGCGGUCGGACACGGAUUGAAUGCGGUAGGAGGGCUGGCCGCUGCAGCAAGUGAACAAGUGAACGAGAUGCCACUGCAGGACACGAAGGCAAGAGCGCACAUGGACCGUCUGGAUGUGCUGAUACAGGGCCUGCUGUAAAGAAGGAAGGCC